GGGAAGAGCUCAGUGUUGCAGAGCUGCUCAUAGAGGAGAGAACAAGACAAGAGGAAGGGGCACAAGACAACCUGAUAAGAGAAAAAACUAAUUGACUUGGAUUAAAAAAAAAAAAAAAUCUAGAACAGAAAGUUGGAUUGUGGGGAAACAAACAAACAAACCAACAAAAAAGGACUUAAGAUAUCAGUAUAAAUUGCUCAGAGAUGUUCUUCCUCUCCCUGCUGUGCGUAUGUGGUCUCCUGCUGCGAGGUGAUGCCCAGGACCGAGCCUCCCUGUGGAGGGGGAACGACCGGAGCGGCCGGUGCCAGUACACCUUCACCGUGCCCAGCCCGGCGGAGGCCACCUGCCCACAGGCUGGAGGUCCAGAGCUGGACGGCCUGAAGGCCAGGCUCGGAGUGCUGGAGGCGCUGGUGGCCCAGCUCGGCGGGAAGGACGUUCAGCUGCGGGGGGGCCAGCAGGGGGCCGCUGCCAGACCGCAGCCCGAGCUCCAGGAGGCUCUGAGCCGAGCGGUGGCAGAGAGGAACCUGCUGCAAGGGGAGAAAGAGAGGCUGCAGAGGGAGCUGGACACGCUGAAGCUCAGGAUGGAGGAGAUGAGGCGGGAGGCGGAGAGGCUGAGGAGCAGACCCUGCCUGUCUCCUCAGAGCCCAGUGGCAGCUGCCACCGCCACCCAGCAAGACUGGGGCAGAGGCAGACCGCCUGCUGGUUCCAGUCAGAUGUCCCACCUCAUGACGAGGCCCAACCGGCAGGGCGACAGCAGCGACCUGAGAGAUUCAGCCUGGCCACACGGAGCCCGGGGCUUUCAGGAGCUGAAGGCCGAGGUGACCGAGGUGCCCGCGCCGGACGCCAACGUCCACAGCGCAGGAUGCGGGGAGCUGAUUUCCGUGGGCGAGCCGGUCACCCACAGGAAGGCCAACACCAUCGCAGGUAAAUACGGUGUCUGGAUGCAGGACCCUGAGGCCGUUUCCCCCUAUGGAGCCAGCAUGCUGUGGCGCAUCGACACCAUUGGCACCGAGGUCAGGCAGCUGUAUGGGUAUGAUGACAUGGAGCAGCUCUCCAAAGGCUUCCCUUCCAAGGUCCUGCUGCUGCCAGACCCGAUGGAAAGCACCGGGGCCACAAUAUACCGAGGGUCCCUGUACUACCAGAGACGGCUGAGUCGCACCCUGAUCCGCUAUGACCUGGCCUCUGAGAACGUGGCGGCCCGUCGUGAACUCCCCCACGCCGGCUUCCACGGCCAGUUCCCCUACUCCUGGGGCGGCUACACGGACAUCGACCUGUCUGUGGACGAGAAGGGGCUGUGGGCCGUGUACUCCACCAGCAAGGCCCAAGGAGCCAUUGUGAUCUCCAAGCUGGACCCGCACAGCCUGGAGGUGAAGAGGAGCUGGGAGACGAGCGUCAGGAAGGCGUCAGUGGCCAACACCUUCAUGAUCUGCGGGAAGCUUUACACCGUGGCCAGCUACGCCGCCCGCGACACCACCGUCAACCACGUGUACGACACGGCGAGCGGCCAGCUGAAGGCCCUGUCCAUUCCCUUCAAGAACAAGUACGGCUACAACAGCAUGAUCGACUACAGCUUGGCCCAGAGGAAGCUGUUUGCCUGGGACAAUUUCCACCUGGUGUCCUACGACCUCAGGCUGGGUCGCCAGCAGGCCGACUGAGGUCAGCGUCAAUGACUGUUUGCUUGCCUGUUCCUGCUUCAGAGACUCACAGUUUUAGACCAUAACAUGAGCAGCAGUUACAAAGAUACGGAAAAGCAAGGAGCUCACAGUUAGUCAGUUUCCACCCAAUAUGUGUAAGAAAUGGUGAAAAAAAAAAAUCCUUGUUUAAUUAGUCAGGAUGAUUUAAAAUAGAAUAAAAAUAGUUUUCUGACCUGAUGUUUGGUAACUCUAUAGAGGUGUUCUCCAUCAAACCAAUAUUUUACAGCAUCCUGACUUAAUCCACAGAUUUUGUGCAUAAUCUCUUACAGUGAGUCAGACAAAUUGUGGCCCUUUUGUCUCUCCAUAGAAGCUAACGCCAAACCUGCUGCAGGAAAACUACCAAACUCCAUAAACACUGGAGGCACGGUGCCUCCCGCAUUGUUUUUCUUUAUUCCCGUUCCUGAUGUUGCCGUGGCGUGGUCCACAAUGCUGUUUUCAGAGGAAUUAUUUUUGUACCGCCUUUAAUCCGUGUAUGUGAUUUUGUUGUUUCCCGUGUAAAGCUAUACAGUUGUGAAUUAAAUAAAUCAGUUUAACCGAAAACAUGAGACGCAUUUGAUUCGGUGAUGCUAUGAUGCCAACUCCUGCGGUUUAACAUUCCCUGCAGUGACUCAAUCAGCCAACAUCCCUCUAUAAAGCUGCUCCAAUAAAGCAUGUAUUGAAUACUG